GCAGUGGACCUCCCAGAGUUUAAUGAGGAGUGGAAAUGACGUCAGUGAAGUGUCUGGCCCAUUCGGAUGCUCAGGAUGGGCUUUCGCAAGGCACAGCGGAAAGUCACCUCAUAAAACCUGAUGUUGGAAUUGAACAGUUUGCAAGUGUUCUAAGGUCUCCAGUGCCCCCAUCUGCCUAGGGAACCCUGCUGCCCCAUUUCCCCACACUUGCUAUCAGUGUGAACCAUGCAUUGUGUCCUGAGUGGUCUCAUUACCCUGGGGCUGGCCCUGCUGGCAUGCGGGGCCCAUGGCUUUUUCUUGCCCAAUGUCACACACCUGGAGAAGCUGCUCAGCAAGUACCAGCAGGAUGGGCCACAUAUCCGCACACGCCGGGCCAUUGCCAAGUCCGACCGGGAAGAGAUUGUUAUGCUGCACAAUAAGCUUCGGGGCCAGGUGUACCCACCAGCCUCCAACAUGGAGCACAUGACCUGGGAUGAAGAGCUGGAGAGGUCAGCAGCGGCAUGGGCGCACGAGUGCCUGUGGGAGCAUGGCCCCACCAGCCUCUUGGUGUCCAUUGGACAGAAUCUGGCCGUGCACUGGGGCAGGUAUCGCUCCCCUGGCUUCCACGUGCAGUCCUGGUAUGAUGAAGUGAAGGACUACACCUACCCCUACCCCCAUGAGUGCAACCCCUGGUGCCCUGAGAGGUGCUCUGGACCCAUGUGUACACACUACACACAGAUAGUUUGGGCCGCGACCACCAAGAUUGGCUGUGCCGUCAACACCUGCCGGAGGAUGAAUGUCUGGGGAGAUGUCUGGGAGAAUGCGGUCUACCUUGUCUGCAACUACUCGCCAAAAGGGAACUGGAUUGGAGAAGCCCCCUACAGAACUGGCCCGCCCUGCUCUGAGUGUCCGCCCAGCUAUGGAGGCAGCUGCAAGAACAACUUGUGUUACCGAGAAGAGACUCACCACCAAAAACCUGAAACUGAUGAGAUGAAUGAGGUGGAGACGGCACCUGGGCCUGAGGAGAAGGAGGUCCAGGUCUGGGCCCAGUCUCGGGCCAGCAAACCUGAGAGGCCUCAGAAGACCCCAGCUGUGAGCUACAUGACCCAAGUUGUCAAGUGUGACACCAAGAUGAAGGACAAGUGCAAAGGCUCCACUUGCAACAGGUAUCAGUGCCCAGCAGGCUGUCUGAACCAUAGAGCGAAAAUUUUUGGAACUCUCUUCUACGAGAGCUCCUCCAGCAUCUGCCGGGCUGCCAUCCACUAUGGGGUCCUGGAUGACAGAGGUGGCCUGGUGGACAUUACCAGAAAUGGAAAGGUCCCCUUCUUCGUUAAGUCGGAGAGAAAUGGCGUGGAGUCUCUGAGCAAAUUCAAGGCUUCCAGUUCAUUCAUGGUGUCAAAAGUAAAAGUGCAGGACCUGGACUGCUACACCACGGUGGCUCAGCUCUGCCCAUUUGAGAAGUCAGGGUCCCACUGCCCACGAGUUCGUUGCCCCACGCACUGCAAAGAUGAGCCAUCCCAUUGGGCUCCUGUGUUUGGAACCAACAUCUAUGCAGAUACUUCUAGCAUCUGUAAAACGGCUGUGCAUGCAGGUGUCAUCCAGGAUGAAAGUGGGGGCUACGUGGACGUGAUGCCAGUGGACAAGAAGAAGGUCUACGUGGGCUCAGUCAGGAAUGGGGUUGAGUCUGAAAGCCUGAGGAACCCUCAAGAUGGAAAGGCCUUCCGGAUCUUUGCUGUGAGGCAGUGAACUCGGAUGCUGGGGAGAAGGGGCAUCUCCAAGAGGGUUCUGGGAGGGGGUUCGCUUUGUAUUUUAAUUUUGGCAUUUUGGGAGGGUGGGCUGGGGGGUAUGGAGAGUCAGGAAACUUCCCUGUGGUGACUGUGACUGUCACUGUCACAUCCAUCAUGCCUUUGUCUCCAUGAUCCAUGGAGAAACAGUGUCCUGGGAGGACCUAGGAGGCCCUGGGGCCUCUUCCCUGGUGCCUCCUUUCAUGCAGUGUCAGCUUCCUAUAAGUUCUUUUGUGGGUGGGAAGAGGACCCCAGAUCCAAGGAGGCAAAGUACAGGGAGCCCUUACUGUAUGAGAAAGGGGUGUUCUGAGCUCCUACGGGAUGAAUGUCAGGAUGGAAUAGAAGGUGGUUAUUUAAAAAUUAAAAGUACCACCCGUCCCAACUAAUUGGGGGAAAAUGGGCUUAAUGUUUGCUGGUCAGACAAAUAGGCCGGAACAAGGGGCUGGGGAGUGGAUGGGGUGACCCCACUUCUACCCUGUGCCUGUUCUUGGAGCAUCCUUCUCCGAGCAGGCAGAUGAUAUAGACACAGCAGUGCUGGUUUAUUCUGAGUUUGUCUUUGUCUUUUCCUUCCUCCACAUGGCCUCAUCAUUUCUGCCCUGACCUUUGGUCUCAUGGAGGCCAAUGAACCAGCAUUCUUUCUCCUGUCACUCCCUGUGAUUACCUCCCACACCAGCCCAGAGUUUACUGUCAUGUUUCAUACCUGGGCUCUGCUUUGCAAAAAACUCUUUUCAAAGCCCACUUUUUAAAAGAUCAGAUUCAGUCUCUGUCGGACCCACUAAGAUAUCCAGGAACCACAGGAGAAGGGCUGUUCUGCUGCUGCUCUCACAAAAUGACAGUGAGCACACAGCUUCCCAUCCAUUGGAUGACCUAGUUUUCAGCAGUGGGAGGAGUGGAUUCCCAAGUACAUUCUCGUGGAGGUUUAGUAGAUCUGGGGAGAGGAACAGUUUGUGGUUAUGAAACUGUCGUGCUGCAUAAGGGCAGCAAGAGCAACAGUAACAUACGAGAAGGCUCCCUCUUCCUGUUUUUGUGGCACUGGCUCUGCCAAUGUUCCCAAGGCCUCGAGGACGCUCUCCGGAGCCCAUCACUGUGUACAAGUUCUUCCCAAGCCCAGACCAAAAACCCACAGUGAAAUUCAAUACCCUUUUGUAAAUAGCAUCUCUCACAGAAGGUAAAAUUCCACCCUUCACCACCAGGCGUUUUUUGGCGAAAUGUCAAUUUCAAAUUCCAGUUUCAUUCUCCCUCAAAAAUGUUUCUAAACCUGAAGAAACUAGCAGAAAAAUUUAAGAACUAAGAGCAAGGAACUCAACCCAGGGGGAAAGCAAGGUGGUUUGUUAUUUCAGCACAUUCCUCCUGAAUGCAGAAACGGAAGCUAAAUUAUGUCCUCCCCCAUCCCCCCCAAUAGGGAGUUUGUAAAAGCAAUGCAACACCAAGGUUGAAACCUGGAAUCAGCAGCACUAUUUUUGCUCUGUGUAUCCUGGGCUUGUAGUUAUUUAUAAGAACUGGCUGUGUUCCAGGAGGUGGUGCAGUGGUUAAAGCAUUGGACUCUCAAGCAUGAGGUACUGAGUUCAAUCCCUGGCAGCACAUGUACCAGAGUGAUGUCUGGUUCUUUUUCUUUCUCCUCCUUUCUCAUUAGUAAAAUAUUAAAAAAACAAACAAACUGGCUAUUCAAUCUCAAAGUCCAGAGCAAAAGAAUUUGGUCAGCCUGUCUGAUACUGGCUAGUGACUACUGGAUACCUGAACACAUGGAAACUUCUGGAUAUUAGCUGUGCUGUUAGACUUUUUGUUGGAUUUUUGCCUCGUCACCAGCCUCCUGUAAUGGUGGCUUUGUUGAGUUCUGAGAAUUGAGUAAGUGUCCCAGGAAAUUUCAGGGGACUUUCUUUGUAGCAUCCUACACCAAGGUGAUGCAAGAUAUUCAGUGUCAGUCCAUCCAUCAUUUAAAAAUAAUGUCUCUGGGUUCCUGGAAAUCUCACUGACUGUCUUGAGUCACAGGAUGGAGUCCUCAUCUGGGGCCACAUCUUUCUCUCUUUCUCAUCCUCAGUGGCUCCUCACUGGAACCAUUUUUCUUCUGUAUAUGGAGAUGAGACUACAAAUGAUAAACCUUUGAAAGCAGAGAUUCCUCUACUUCACAAUCUAACCCAUAUUGAGUAAGUUGAUGGAGCAGACCAACCGUGCUUCUGGCCCCCCACAAUAAAAAAAGUCUAGGUUUCCUUCCAAUUUUGCCCCCAUUAUAUUCUCAUUUCUCAUAUUGUCUGUAGGCUCACUCAGCCCGCAGCUUACAUGUGUGCUUUUUUCUAUGAAAAAUGAUGUAUUUUACUACUUCUUGUGUACAAAAGUUUAUUGUGAUGUGUGUGUGCUUUGCAUGAACAGGGACUACAUUGCUGAUGUUUCAAUAAAAACUGGUUUGAUUUCUAAAAUGUU